CUCAUUGAUGUUGUGGUCAAGUUUGUAAAAAUGUAUGAUUUGAAAAGAAAUCAUUGGGCAGAUUUCUCCUAUUGUGGAAAGAACAAGUUUUCUAUCAGGAUAUUUGAUAGACUGAUGAAUCAAAUAAGCUAUGGUGCUGGCCCUUCUGUAAGGCAACCUGAUGUUGGGAGUUCAGGUAAGAAUGGUGAAGAGGUGGUUGUGUCUGAUGUUGGUGAUAAGGAUGAAGUUGGUGGGGAAGUUCCAGUGGAUGAUGUCGGUGGUAAGGUUGAAGUUGGUGGGGAAGUUUCAGUUCCAGUGGCUGAUGUUGGUGAUAAGGAUGAAGAUGGUGUGGAAGUUCCAGUUCCAGUGGCUGAUGUUGGUGGGGAGAUACCAUUAGCUGAUGUUGGUGGGCAGUUUAUGGAUGUGGAUAACAUUGAAGAGAAUGAUGUAAUUAUGAUAUCAAGUGAUGAUGAGGAGGAUGAUGGAAUUGUGCAAUUAAGUGAUGAGGAGGAGGAUGAUGGAAUUAUGCAAUUGAGUGAUGGAGAGGAGGAUGAUGGUGUGGAGAGGGUUAUUCAUAAUUUUGAUAAGGUCAUUAGCAGCUCUGAUUCUGGUGGAGGCCAGACAAUGGCAUUGCCUAAGUUGUAUGUGGUGAAUCAUAUUAGGGCAAACUGGGAGAAUAUCGUUCUACAAACCCCUAGGGGUAGAACUUAUAGUUGUCUGCUGAAAAGAAGGAAUCCAAGGAAGAUUGAUACUCCAAUCCACAUUGCAAAGGAUUGGUAUCAAUAUGUGAAGGAUCAUGAGUUGAAGUAUAGGGAUGUUGUGCACUUUAGGCCAGUUAGCACUCACAACAAUUUGGUUAAUGUUACCAUUACCCGUGGGCAGCCGUAGUGAGUUUGAUGUUUUGUUGAUUUCCUAUUAAUGUUUUCAGUUUGGACCUUGUAUGUUUUGCCUUUGUUUUGUGCAACUUUUGGACUGGCUUGAUGCCCCUGGCUUGUUAGACCUUUUUGGAUAUGUUUUGUGCAACUUGGUGUUUUAUGGAUAUUAGUUAAUCAAUGACUUUAUAUGUUAU